CAGAGGAUAUUUUAAGUGGACUUUGUUUCUUCUUCACUGUUCGUUAAGAAUGCUGACGGAAGUUAGCGUAGCUUGCUAACAGGAAACACACGUACGCGGAAGUCGGAGCUUCACUAGAGACCAGAGUGUAUUUAUCAGGGAGACAAAGUGUCCAGAUGUCCGGAUGAAGCUGUGUGAAAGGACUCUGUGCGGUUCCCUUCGUCUGGAAACGUCCCGCAGCUCAACAGCCCCCGGUUCCUACGGAGCUAAUGGCGUUAGCUUAGCGUGCUAGCAGGAAACAGACCAGAGAGAGAAUGUAAACAACGACGUCAUCAGAGUGUGUGUGUGUGUGUGUGUGUGUGUGUGUGUGUGUGUGUGUGUGUGUGUGUGUGUGUGUGUGUGUGUCUGUGUCUGUGUCUGUCUGUCUGUCUGUCUGUCUGCCUGUCUGUCUGUCUGUCUGUCUGUCUGAGAGAGAGACAAUGUCUGGAGCAGAGUGUGAGGAGGACGUCUGUGGACCAGUGGACUCUGAUUUAAAGCCUGGAGACAUCCAGCAGCUGUUGGUGAGUAAAGAAGAAGUUCCCACUGAGCAGCAGGAGUGGAGCCCCAGUCUGGACCAGGAGGACCCACCAGAGCUGCCACACAUUAAAGAGGAAGAGGAGGAACACUGGAUCAGUCAGGAGGGAGAGCAGCAUCGAGGGCUUGAGGAGGCUGAUAUCAUCAAGUUCACAUUCACUCCUGUCCCUGUAAAGAGUGAAGAGGAUGAUGAAGAGAAACCUCAGUCCUCAAUAUACGGCCAGCUGCUGUCGGUGAGUAAAGAAGAGGUCCCCCCUGAGCAGCAGGAGUGGAGCCCCAGUCUGGACCAGGAGGAUCCACAAGAGCUGCCACACAUUAAAGAGGAAGAGGAGGAACUCUGGAUCAGUCAGGAGAGAGAGCAGCUUGAAGGGCUGCAGGAGGCUGAUAUCAUCAAGUUCACAUUCACUCCUGUCCCUGUAAAGAGUGAAGAGGAUGAUGAAGAAGAGACACCUCAGUCCUCACAGCUUCAUCAGAACCAGACUGAAGAGAACAGAGAUGAAUAUUUUAAAACAGAAGCUGAUGGAGAGGACUGUGGAGAAACAGAACCAGACCAGUACUUUAGUCCAGAACGUCAUUUACAACCAGAUACUGAUGAUGAGACGUCACACUCUGAACCUGACACUGAUGACAGCUGUGAUUGGCAGGACGUCAGAGAACCUGAGUUUGGUUUAAUCGAUCUGCAAGACAAUGAAGAACAUGAAAGAGAUGUGGAAUGUAACACUGGAAGAACACCAGUUAGCUCCUCUGAAUGUGCUACAAACUGCGGCCACGAGGGACAUCUGCACAAACACAAUGGAGUCCAAACAGGAGUGAAACCAUUCAGGUGCUCAGUUUGUGGUAAAAGAUACUCCUGGAAGAAAUCCUUAACGGAUCACAUGAAACUUCAUUCAGAAGAACUUUUCAGCUGCUCAGUUUGUAAAAAAACGUUUAAAUGGAGAAGAAAUAUCGUGAGGCACAUGAGAAUCCACACAGGAGAGAAACCAUUCAGUUGCUCCAUCUGUGGUCUCAGAUUCACACAAAGCUCAGCCGUGACCAAACACUUAAGAGUUCAUACAGGAGAAAAACCUUUCUCAUGCUCAGUUUGUAAAGCAAGUUUCAAAGACAGACACAAUUUGCUUAAACACACAAAACUGCAUACUGGGGAGAAACCAUUUAGUUGUUCAGUUUGUGGUAAAAGAUUUGCACAAAAGACACAUCUGAGACGUCACUUGAACGUCCACACAGGGGAGAAACCCUUCAGUUGUUCAGUUUGUGGUAAAGACUUUACGCAAAAGACACAUCUUAGACAGCACUUGACUGUUCACACAGGGGAGAAACCCUUCAGUUGUUCAGUUUGUGGCAAAAGAUUCGCACAACGGGGAACAAUGAAAGAACACUUGUCCGUCCACACAGGGGAGAAACCAUUCAGUUGCAAUGUUUGUAGUAAAAGAUUCACUAAGCUCUCUUAUAUCAAAAAACACAAGUGUGUUGGUGAGAGCAGCAUCAAUAAAUGAAGCUACAAUCCAAUUUCUACCAGCAGGAUUGAAGUACUGAGGGUGAGACUUGGCUCAACAGUGAUCAGUUUGAAACUGUGAUAUAGACUCCAAAAUAAUAUCUUUUCAUCUGAGAUGAAGCCACUUAAUCAUUAUAAUUGUUUUUGUUUGUGUGUACGUUAUUAAUUAUGUUUUGGCAUUACAUAUAUAAUAUAUGUAUCAAUUGAUUUAGAAUGUAUUUAGUAGUUUCAUGUAACUUAGACAGCACUAUAGUUAACAUUUGUUGCUUGAAACUAUGAUUUAGAAAUUAAAUGACUUCACUUUAACUGUUAACUAAAAACUUAAGAUUUUUAAGAAAAUCACAAAAUGGCGGGAAAUACAAGAGCUGCCGAUUCUCUACGGCACUAAAUAGAAGGAUUGCACUUUUCUAGCCCUUUCUAGUCUUCUGACCUCUCAAAGCUCUUUACACUACCUGUUAAACUCACUCACUAAUGGCACAGCUGCACCAUGCACGGUACCAACUGCUCACCAGAAACUAAUCCAGUUCACAAACUGAUGGCUCGCAUGGGGAGAACUGGGUUCAGUAUCUUGAUCAAGGACAUUUCGACACGCGGUGGGAGGAGCCGAGGAUCAAACCGCCAACCUUACCUCUCAGGCUCUGAGUACACUGCUGAUUGUGCCACGAUCACCUACCGGAGGAGGCUGUUAUGUGUCGUGAGAAGGAAGGACUUGUAUGCAGGACUGUAUCUCACAGUCAGCACUGACAAAGACAUGUAAGUUAAUUGUCUCUGAGAGCUGCUGCUGUCUCUCAGUCUCUGGUCGGAGGUAGCUUGUCUAAAUCUCUUGCCCUCUACGACACUGACUGGCAGCAUAUGUGACCAGUGCGAAUAAAGCUGUCGGGACCGACGUGUAACCAGACAGAAAUAUUCUCGUAACUGAUUUUAACCACAGACAUCCCUGUACUUGACCUUCUUCCCAUUAACACUACUUAUUCCUAAUUCAAUGGACUCUUCUGCUCUUGACUUAAUCUCUCAUUAUGUGUAAAACAUUAGCAGUUGAUUCUUUAACUGCUCAAACUGUCUGAAAUAUGCUUGACAACCUUGGAUUUAGCCUAAUCUCUGAGUUCUUAUAUCUCACCUAUGAGACCCAAAGUUUGAAGUUUCAUGAGUUUCAUCCAACUUGAUUAAUGGAUAUAACUGGGUAUCAUCUUCAUAACAAUGAAUGCUAAUGGAGUGAUUCUUAGUUAUGUUGCUUAACAGAAGUAUAUAUAAGGUGAAUAGAAUCUGUCCAAGCACAAAACCUUGUGGAACUCCAUGACUAACUUUAGUAUUUAUGGAGGAUUAAUUGUUAACGUGUAAAAACUGAGAUCAGUCUGAUAAAUAAGACUUAAACCAUCUUAGUGUGAUUGCUUUCAUGCUUCAAAUUAGAUUAAUUAUACUAACUUAACUUAAGUAUUUCAAAGAUGAACACACUGUUAACGGGAGGCACUACCAAGGAAAAACCUAUAUUUGGACCCUCUCUUACUCUCACUGAUAUCAUUAAAAAUGUAUUAUUUUUAUUAUAUAUGUGAUAUUGUACCACACAAAUUCAACCAAAAUUGAGCAAAAUCUUUUUGAGUGAUUCCACAAUUUUUGGCACAACCAUGAAUCAUUGAGUAUGUUUAAAAAAGCCUUAUUUCUUCUGAGUAAACAUAUCUUAUCCAAAUGUGUUUUGCGGUGUUAACUACGGAGGAAAAAAAUAAACGGUCAGUAUUUCUCACUGUAUCGAUGCAGAAUCAUUAAAGAUGAUAAGUGCAGAUUCUCAUAGGCUGAUUUUAGUUAAAAAACAGUUUAGAUUUUAUGCUGCACACAGUACGAGUCUGUGAGAGUGAAAGUAGUUGGUUACCAGGUUGAGGUUGGAGGUGUGCAGCUGCUCUUUCAUUAAUUAAUUUAAUUAAUUACGUUCAAUAUUACAUUCUGUACUAAUCUCACUGAGAAACAUUUCCUGUGACGACUUCAUACUAAAAGUCAACUUGUAUUUGGCCAGUUAAAUGUUUUAAUGUAGAAAUGUGUGUCUACAGUUAUUCUGGUGUUUUCUCUGCAGCUAGCUAAGAAAAAAUAAGUUGUACCUCGUUGUCAUGUCAUAGCCUCGUUAUAUUCAUCUUCAAUAAAAAUCUCAAAUCUUAA